AUGGCACCAUUGCCAGUUGCUCGAAUUACUCCCGCUCGUGCAUUUCAACGUACUGGUGUAGACUACGCCGGACCUUUCAACAUAUUGUCGGCCAAGGGACGAGGCUUACGCGCUAGUGAGGGCUACGUAGCCGUGUUCGUCUGCAUGGCCUCGAAGGUAAUUCAUCUGGAGCUCGUGAGAGAUCUAUCAACCGACUCAUUUCUUGGAGUGCUAACCAGAUUUUGUGCUCGUCGAGGCUGGCCAACCAAGAUCUGGAGUAACAACGCCACCUGCUUCCGGGCUGCCGAUCGGAAGCUUCGUGACGCCAUCCAAGAUGCUGAAUUGCGCUGGAAUCGUAUCGCUGGGUCAUUGGCCAAUCAAGGGAUAUGUUGGAGAUUCAUCCCCCCUAGAGCCCCACACUUCGGAGGACUUUGGGAGGCUGGCGUCAAGUCUAUGAAAAGCCAUCUCCGCCGCACCAUCGGACCCCGUAAUCUCACCUACGAGGAGUUUUCCACUGUCCUAACCAGCAUCGAAGCCGUGCUCAACAGCCGUCCACUCACGCCAUUGACAGGAGGCCCAGACAAUUUGGACGUUCUUACCCCUGGAAAUUUUCUAGUCAAUGGAUCUCUAGACUCUGUCAUCGACUCCAGCUCUUCGACUCAGAAUCUCGAUCGUCUCACGCAUUGGGAUCUUGUACGCGACAUCAGUGUCCAAUUUUGGACUCGCUGA